AUGGUGAAGCACAACUUUCUAAAUCUUAAGUCAACAUACACUCCAGCAGAGAUCAUGGAAGAAACGAGAAACUUGUACGGAAUUAGAAUGAACUACAAAAAAGCAUAUAGAGCCAAAGAAAAAACACUUGAGCUGGUCAAAGGUUCCUUGUGUGAAUCUUAUGCUAAAUUGCCAACUUACCUAUACAUGGUAAACACAAUAAAUCCUGGAUCAUUCACAAAGCUACAUAAAAUGGAGGACAAUCACUUUUUAUAUGCUUUUGUCGCGUUGAGCACAUCAAUUAGGGGCUGGAGAUAUUGUAUGCCUACGAUUGUUGUUGAUGGAACAUUUCUGAAAUCUACAUACAAGGGAACAAUGUUGUCUGCUAGUGUACUGGAUGCAGCAGGCAUGUGCAUAGUAUUUGAUAGGCAUGACAGAAUAUUAAAAGCUGCUGCACUUGUAUAUCCAAAUGUAGCUCACUGUAUAUGUAUCUACCAUCUAUGGAAUAACAUCAAGGGUAAAUUUAAGAAGAAUCAAAAGCAACUAAAGAUGAUCUUCUUUACAAUGGCCAGAGCGUACAUAAAGGCAGACUUUGACCGGCUUAUGGAAGACAUAAACAAAAUUGAUAAUAGGGUGAAGAAGUAUCUGUUUGAUAUAGGCUAUGAAAAAUGGUCCAUAGCUCAUGCCCAUGUCAACAGGUCGAUGUUCAUGACUUCAAACAUAGCAGAGUCCUUAAAUUCAGCAAAUAGAGAUGCAAGAGACCUGCUAAUUAAAAAAUUCCAACAGUCUAUGAUGAAUCUGGUCAUGAGAUGGAAUAAUGAGCAUAAACAACAUUCAGAAGCAACAUUUACAGAACUGGAAAACAAAUACAAUGUGAUGGGUUCUACUUACUAUUUUUAUGUAGUCAUUGAUGAAACUGGAGAAAGAAACAUUGUUUGCAUGCGUGAAAAAAAAUGCUCCUGCCUACAAUUUGAAGUAGAUGACAUACCUUGUUCACAUGCUAUGGCAGUCCUAACUUACACGCAUAUGGAUUUACAAAGCUAUUGUGCUCCAUAUUACACAAGAGAAAACUUCUUGAAAGUAUAUGAACUUCCAGUUAUACCACUUCUGGAUGAAACAGCUUGGCAUAUUCCAGCAGAGAUAUCAGCUAAUAUAGUACUACCACCAAUCUGGAAAUCAAAACCAGGAAGACCAAAUAAGAACAACUGA